GUCAAGUCGUGCUGUGCCUUGUACGCGCCUGAUACGGUGACAUUUAUACCGGAAUGACGGUCAGUAAAGCCUUCAACCUGCUGCGACCGGAGCUGAUCCUGCGGAUCGCGCAAUAUGCCGAUUGGAGGACUGUCACCAGACUGCAGAGCGUCUGCUGCCGCUGCCGCUCGGCGCUUGCCGACGACGGCAAUCAUCACCAACGAAUUGUCUGGCGCCAGUGCGUGUGCGAGCGCUGGCCCUGGGUCCAGUACGAGGACAUCGAUGCAUCAUGGUUGGCUACAUUUCGAACGUGGCGCCGCGUGUAUGCCUAUCUGCGAAGCGUCAGAUUCGUCCCGUCCGCGGCACAGGUUACUGGGUUUUACAGCUCGCCCGAAUUCUAUCGUCGCUUACACAUUAUACCGAAGGAGAGGGCAAGAUUCAUUAAGCAACCUGUCGUGACCCGGACGCCAGCGCUGCGAGCUUGGAGGCAUGGUGGCGAUAUUACGGGUGGGCCGAUGGCACUGGUCGAGGAAUGCGCGCUGGCGGACGAGCCCCUGGCGGAACCGCGCCCCGGUGAUUUGAGCGAGUGCCCCGUCACGUUGGCGUCCUUACGGCCUGGUAUUGUUGCGGGUCCAGCGGUCUGGGAGGCGAUGGUUACGGUGUACACACGAAACGACGAAAAUGGGUACGGCGCACUCAUACAGGGGGGAGUAGGGGGAUUUCUUCUCGGUGUUGAGACGUUAGCUGGAGACCGAUGGUUUUUUGACGUCGGCGCGGGCGAUGGUCUUGCCGAUGAGUCCGCUUACGGCUAUGGUCAAACUUUGAGUGCUCGACGAAAAUGGGUCAACCCUGAGGCCGUAUACGAGUGGAAUAAUUACAGUCCCUUUACGGGACCAGAAUGGGCGCCAAAUCAACUACAUCUCACUCUCAACUUGGGCGCAGGAGAGCUUGUCCUAAGUCAUAAAUCCCAAUUUAAAACGCUGUUGGAAAGGGUCGCCACGCUGCACGAUCCGGAUCUCGCGGUCGCAGCUGCGGCCGGCCCGCUGUGUCUAUUCGUGGGCUUAUCGGGCGGGACGCGCGAGGAGGAAUGGUCCCCGGAAGAAAACUUCGGCGAGGAACCUACACCACUCGGCAGAGCCUGGAAAAAUUGGUCCGGUGAACAGCCGCAGACCUACGGCGAUCUUGCGUAUGCCACCUUGGAUUGGCUGUCCCUUCGCGAUCCAGGGAAGCCCCUCCGACGCACGCCGUUGGGACGGCCGUCACUGCCGUAUGGCACCAUAUCGCGUCGAAGGAUCCCGUCCCCCUUCCCGCUCUUCCCGCAGUUUCUACCGAAAUUGACAUAAGUAAUGACAAAAAGGACCC